AUGGAAGUGCUUAAAUACCUGAUCAGCGAUAAUUCUUUACCGUGGUGGAUAAAACCUUACUUUAUGAUAAUUUUCGGAUUAGUUGUUUUUGUGGCCGUAAACUUGGCAGUUGGAAUUUAUAACAUAUGGGACAGCACGCCAGUGAUCAUUGGAAUUAGUUCUACAAUGACUCCCAUUGAUAAAAUUCCGUUCCCGGCAAUAACGGUCUGCAAUAUGAACCAGGCUAAGAAAUCGAAAGUAGAGCACUUGGCGCCCGGUUCCCUUGGAUUUGCCAUGCUUCAAAAGACCUGUUAUAAGGAAACAAAUUACUCGCAAUAUACAAAUAUUCGGCAUAGAAAUGAAACAUUUCAAAAUUUCAUAUUAAACGUUUCUGAGAAGUGCGCAGAUCUAAUAGUGUCCUGUACAUUCCAUCAACAGCAAAUUCCUUGUACCGACAUCUUCAGGGAAAUAUUUGUUGAUGAAGGCUUGUGCUGUAUAUUCAACUUUUUACAUCCAUAUUAUCUUUACAAAUUCAAGUCACCUUAUAUUCGGGACUACACUUCGUCGGAUAGGUUUGCAGACAUCGCUGUAGACUGGGAUCCGAUUUCUGGAUAUCCACAGAGAUUGCCGUCUAGUUAUUAUCCCCGCCCGGCAGUUGGAGUUGGCACUGCAAUGGGUUUGCAAAUUAUUCUCAAUGGUCAUGUAAACGAUUAUUUUUGCUCUUCCACAAAUGGUCAGGGCUUUAAAGUACUUCUGUAUAAUCCCAUUGACCAGCCCCGCAUGAAGGAGUCGGGAUUACCUGUGAUGAUUGGCCAUCAAACAAGUUUUCGUAUUAUAGCUAGGAGCUUUGAGGCGCUACCCACUAUAAGGAAUAUUCAUAGGACGAAGCGUCAAUGUAUUUUUAGCGACGAGCAGGAACUACUGUUUUAUCGCUAUUAUACGCGCAGAAAUUGUGAAGCUGAAUGCGAAUCUUUGUUUUUUCUAAGAGUCUGUAAUUGCAUUCCCUAUUACUUGCCCCUAGUUCAUCCAAACGCUUCCAUAUGCGAUGUGAUUAAUUUUGAAUGUCUGAAUAGUGCAGAAUCGCAGAUUUUCGACGUAAGGACCUCGCAGUGCAAAGAGCUUUGCCUAACCAGCUGCCACGACUUAAUAUUUUUUCCCGAUGCUUUUACCACACCAUUAAGCCAUAAAAAAGUAAAUGAUCAAAGCACUUACUUGAAGAACUUGUCCAGUGAUUACAUUCGGAAAAACUUGGCCGUAGUAAAUUUCUUUCACACCGACAAUUAUUUUAGAAGCAGCGUGAGAACAUCGUAUACCGGACCAACUGAAUAUAUGGGUAUUAUACUAUUUACUUUCAAGGAUAUAUCUUUUGAUACCUGA